AUGGCGCGGGCGGCGCGGGUGCUGGCGCUGGCGCGGGCGGCGGAGGGAGCGGCGGGCCCGGGCCCGGGGCUGGGCCGCGGCCGCCUGGUGCUGCUGCCGCCCGGCAGCGGGGCCCGGCCCGGCCCUCGAUGUGCGCGCGGGGAGCCAGCGGAGGGGGGAGGCUGGGCCGGCGGCGGGAGCGCCCCGGUCGAGCUGGGCUGGGCCGCACCGGAGGUUGGAGGCCCCGGCCGGUGGCGACAGGAGCCGGGCCGCCCCGCUGACACCUGGUGUGGCGCAGGCUGGAGGGAGGCGGUGGCGGCCGCGGCCGGCGCUCUGCAAGCGGGCGGGCUGGUGGCGGUGCCCACGGACACGGUGUACGGCGUGGCCUGCCUGGCCCAGGACUCGGCCGCCGUGCGCAGCAUCUACAGCCUGAAGGGGCGAAACGGCGCCAAGCCGCUCGCCAUCUGCCUCGGGGAUGUGGAGCGGCUCUACAGGUACUGCCACGUCAAUGUUCCCGACGAGCUGCUGCGGGACUUGCUCCCGGGACCGGUGACCCUGGUCUUGGAGCGUUCAGAAGAGCUGAAUAAAGACUUGAAUCCGUUCACAUCGCUGGUUGGUGUUCGCAUUCCAAACCACCCCUUCAUGAGGGACCUGGCUCGUGCCUGCUCGGGACCGCUGGCUUUGACAAGCGCCAACAUCAGCUCCCAGGGCAGCACCCUGACCGUGCUGGAAUUCCAGGAUUUGUGGCCUCACUUGUCCUUGGUCAUUGAUGGAGGUCCCAUAGGAGACAUCCAGAGCCCAGAGUGUCGCUUGGGAUCAACUGUGGUUGACUUAUCUGUGUCAGGGAAAUUCUCCAUCAUCCGGCCUGGCUGUGCACUAACGCCCACAGUUGAAAUCCUGAAGGAAAAGUAUGGCUUGGUACCAGAACUUUCCUAAUGCUUGGGACUGGGAGCUGUUGGAGCUGGGCACUGUGUGCCUGUGCACUCAGGAGUGGGUGAUCAUGGCCUUGUUUAAUAAGGUCGAUGGGUUAUGUCAAGGUAAAUAAAAAAAUAUUUAAA